UUGUAAUCUUUUAGAAAACAAGUACACAAGCUCUUCCUUGAACAGUCGUGAAUUUUUUAUAACAUCUGUUUACUUAAUUUAAAAAAAAUGUGUAGCUAUGAAGAUUAACAAUGGACCUUAACUGGAUAUAAAUUCAGACAUAUAUAGGAUCCGUCUUAAUCUCAGUCAACCCUUUCAAGCAGAUGCCAUAUUUUGGGGAUAAGGAAAUUGAAAUGUACCAAGGAGCGGCACAGUACGAAAACCCACCCCACAUCUAUGCGCUUGCAGAUAAUAUGUACAGAAACAUGAUCAUUGACCGAGAGAACCAGUGUGUCAUCAUCAGUGGUGAAAGUGGUGCUGGAAAGACAGUGGCGGCCAAAUACAUCAUGAGUUAUGUCUCCAGAGUGUCUGGAGGAGGCCCCAAAGUCCAGCACGUCAAGGACAUCAUCCUGCAGUCCAACCCGCUGCUGGAGGCCUUCGGCAACGCCAAGACCGUCCGGAACAACAAUUCCAGCCGAUUUGGAAAAUACUUUGAAAUCCAGUUCAGUCCAGGUGGGGAACCAGAUGGUGGAAAGAUCUCCAACUUCCUUCUGGAAAAAUCUAGGGUGGUGAUGAGGAACCCUGGAGAGCGGAGUUUUCACAUAUUUUACCAGCUCAUCGAGGGCGCCUCUGCCGACCAGAAGCAGAGCCUGGGCAUCACCAGCAUGGACUAUUACUACUACCUGAGCCUCUCCGGGUCCUACAAGGUGGAUGACAUUGAUGACAAGCGGGAGUUUCAGGAAACUCUGCACGCGAUGAACGUGAUCGGGAUCUUCGCGGAGGAGCAGGCGCUGGUGCUGCAGAUCGUGGCAGGCGUGCUCCACCUGGGAAACAUCAGCUUCAAAGAAGUCGGCAACUACGCCGCAGUGGAGAGUGAAGAGUUUUUGGCUUUUCCUGCCUAUCUCCUGGGGAUAAACCAGGACCGGUUGAAAGAAAAGCUGACGAGCCGGCAGAUGGAUAGCAAGUGGGGAGGCAAGUCGGAGUCCAUCCACGUGACACUCAACGUGGAGCAGGCCUGCUACACCAGGGACGCCCUCGCCAAGGCCCUGCACUCCCGCGUCUUUGAUUUCUUGGUGGAUUCCAUCAACAAAGCGAUGGAGAAGGACCAUGAAGAAUACAACAUCGGCGUUCUGGACAUCUACGGCUUUGAAAUAUUCCAGAAAAAUGGCUUUGAACAGUUUUGUAUCAAUUUUGUUAAUGAAAAAUUACAGCAGAUUUUUAUUGAACUGACAUUAAAGGCCGAACAGGAAGAAUAUGUUCAAGAGGGAAUAAGAUGGACGCCCAUAGAGUACUUCAAUAACAAAAUCGUGUGUGACCUCAUAGAGAACAAAGUUAACCCUCCUGGGAUCAUGAGCAUCCUGGAUGACGUGUGCGCCACGAUGCACGCGGUGGGUGAGGGGGCGGACCAGACGCUGCUGCAGAAACUCCAGAUGCAGAUCGGGAAUCAUGAGCACUUCAACAGCUGGAACCAAGGCUUCAUUAUUCACCAUUAUGCUGGGAAGGUAUCCUAUGACAUGGAUGGCUUUUGUGAAAGGAACCGUGAUGUGCUUUUUAUGGAUCUGAUAGAGCUUAUGCAGAGCAGUGAGCUACCUUUUAUAAAGUCUUUAUUUCCGGAAAAUCUGCAAGCUGACAAGAAAGGGCGCCCAACUACUGCCGGAAGCAAAAUAAAGAAACAAGCCAAUGACCUUGUGAGCACCCUGAUGAAAUGUACACCUCACUACAUCCGCUGCAUAAAACCAAACGAAACCAAGAAGCCCAAGGACUGGGAGGAAAGCAGGGUAAAGCACCAAGUAGAAUACCUGGGUCUGAAAGAAAACAUCCGAGUGAGAAGAGCUGGUUAUGCCUAUCGGCGCAUCUUCAAAAAAUUCCUGCAAAGGUAUGCCAUUCUGACCAAAGCCACCUGGCCCUCGUGGAGAGGAGACGAGAAGCAAGGUGUCCUCCACCUGCUGCAGUCCGUCAACAUGGACAGCGACCAGUUCCAGCUCGGGAGGAGCAAAGUGUUCAUCAAAGCGCCCGAGUCUCUGUUUCUUCUGGAGGAAAUGAGAGAGAGGAAGUAUGAUGGGUAUGCCCGAGUGAUACAGAAAUCCUGGAGGAAGUUCGCGGCCCGGAAGAAAUACGUCCAAAUGAGGGAAGAAGCCUCAGACCUCCUGCUGAACAAGAAGGAGAGGAGGAGAAACAGCAUCAACAGGAACUUCAUCGGGGAUUAUAUUGGGAUGGAGGAGCACCCAGAACUCCAGCAGUUCGUGGGCAAGAGAGAGAAGAUCGAUUUUGCAGACACAGUGACCAAGUACGACAGGAGGUUCAAGGGCAUAAAGCGCGACUUGAUUCUUACUCCGAAGUGCUUGUACCUAAUUGGCCGAGAAAAGGUCAAACAGGGCCCAGACAAAGGCCAAGUGAAGGAAGUGCUGAAGCGGAGAAUCGAGAUGGAGAGGAUCUUGUCCGUGUCCCUCAGUACGAUGCAAGAUGACAUUUUUAUUCUUCACGAGCAAGAGUAUGACAGUUUGCUUGAAUCCGUCUUCAAAACUGAAUUCUUAAGCCUCUUAGCAAAGCGUUAUGAGGAAAAAACCCAGAAACAACUACCUCUGAAAUUUAGCAACACGCUUGAACUCAAGUUGAAAAAAGAGAACUGGGGCCCCUGGAGUGCCGGGGGCUCCCGGCAGGUGCAGUUCCACCAAGGCUUCGGGGACCUGGCCAUCCUCAAGCCCAGCAACAAAGUGCUGCAGGUCAGCAUCGGACCCGGGCUGCCCAAGAACUCCCGUCCCACCAGGAGGAACACCACCCAAAGCAGAGGUUAUUCCAGUCAGACUCACAAUGCCAACUACCCGAUGAGAGCUGCCCCUCCCCCGCCAGGAUACCAUCAGAAUGGAGUCAUCAAAAACCAGUUUGUGCCACACCCGCAUGCUCCUGGAAACCAGCGGUCCAAUCAGAAAAGCCUGUACACCUCCAUGGCCCGCCCACCCCUGCCCCGACAGCAGUCCACGGGCUCAGACCGCACGUCCCAGAUGCCGGAGAGCUUGGAUUUCCUCAAGGUCCCAGACCAGGGUGUGGCAGGGGUCCGGAGACAGACGACCAGCAGGCCCAAUCCAGCAGGGGGCAGACCCAAGCCCCAGCCCAAGCCCAAGCCUCAGGUGCCACAGUGCAAGGCUCUGUAUGCCUACGACGCUCAGGACACAGACGAACUCAGCUUCAAUGCCAAUGACAUUAUCGACAUUAUCAAAGAAGGUAAGUGCAUGGCUGGCUGGCUGGGACAGCCUCCCAGAGAGCAUGCAGUCUCCCUGCUAUCAAACUAGUUUAAACCUGAAGGGAACUUGUAGGCUCCUCUAACUGGAACUUGCAGAGGUAGCCACAUUCCAGCCUCAGUUUGAUCAAGACUCCAGAUUCUAUUUUUUAAUUUUUAUUUCAGAGAGGAAGGAAGGAAAGAAU